AUGGAAGUCGCCCAUGAAUCCGGUCUCUUGGCCCUCGCCGCGAGCGUGCGCCCACGCAAACGGCUUCGCCCUUGCACGGAGGUCAUCUCGCUUGUCAGCUCCGAGGGCCAGAGCUUCGACGACGAGCUCGAGGUCACAAACUCCACAGACAGCGAGAACGAGCUCAGCGAGGACAACAUCGGGCUCGAGGCCGCCAGACGCAGUCAGGCUCAAGAGUCACAAAACGGGACCCACUACGCACAGUCUCUCGAACCCUCUGCCGCACAAGACAACCCGCACAUCACAGUGGACUCGCAGUCCUCUUUCGAGCCCUCUACCGAGCCCUCAAACCCGCCCUCGAUCCUUUACAUUCCUACUUAA